GACAGAGGGAUGAGAACAAGUUAGUGGUACCUCACCUUACGGCAGGCAGAGAGAUGGCGUCCGAAUCCAUAUGAAUAAGCAAAAAAAGAAGAGGAAGAAAGGAUGCUGGGUGGUUCGACUGUUAGGGAUAGGCCUACGGUUACUGUAAUACGCCAUUUAUUUUAAAAAUGAUUGUAAUUAUUUAGCCUGUGUGUAACUUUCAUCAAGAUGGAAAGAUUCAUUUGAUUUUAGAAACACUCGCGUUCAGUCUACAUAGCAGUGUUGAUUUGUUGUCGGCCACAGCUGUUUUCUGCCUCCGCCUCCCUGGCCAGCCAACGCAGGGACGGCGGGAGACGGAAGAGGGCAGAGCGAGAGAGACAGGCGAUGGCUGCGGGGGGAGGAUGCGGAGAAUCGGUGGACCAGUACCGGGCCGAGGUGGAGCGCCUCACCCGAGAGCUCGCGGAAGCAAACCGUGAGAAGAUCCGUGCGGCAGAAUGCGGACUCGUGGUCUUGGAGGAAAAUCAGACUCUGAAACAGCAAUACUCGGACCUGGAAGCAGAACAGGAGACGCUGAGACAGGAGUUGGAGCAAUUGCAAGAGGCCUUCAGUCAGGCGUACACCACCCAGCGGAAGGUUGCCGAGGAUGGCGAGAGCAACGAGGAGACGCUGCUGCAGGAGUCGGCCAGCAAGGAGGCCUACUACAUGGGCCGCCUGCUGGACAUGCAGGCCGACCUCAAGCUCAACCGCUCGGUGACCUCCAACACGCAGGCCGAGAACGACCGGCUGGCCGCCCUGCUGCAGGAGCUGCGCGAGGGAAAUGAGAUGCUGGAGCUGCAGAGGAGCCGGAUGCGGGAGGAGAUCCGGGAGUAUAAAUUUCGGGAGGCUCGCCUGCUGCAGGACUAUACGGAGCUGGAGGAGGAGAACAUCACUCUGCAGAAACUCGUGUCCAGUCUCAAACAGAGCCAGGUGGAGUACGAGGGCCUGAAGCACGAGAUCAAGGUUCUGGAGGAGGAGACGGUGCUGCUGAACAGCCAGUUGGAGGAUGCUCUUCGGCUGAAGGACAUUUCCGAGGGCCAGCUGGAGGAGGCGCUGGACGCCCUCAAGAGCGAGCGCGAGCAGAAGAACACCCUGCGCAAGGAGCUGGCCCACCACCUCAGCCUAGGUGAGGGUGGCUUUGUCCCUGGCAGCACCGGCACCCACCUCUGCUCCCUGACCUCGGCCCCGCCUAGCGGCAGCGCUACCCCCACCGCGGCCACCUCGCCGGGCAGCGAGGAGGGGGGCAAGUGCAACGGGCACCUGCUUCAGGGGGCGGCCGGGGCGCUGCUGCUGACCAGGGCCAAUGGGGAGCUCCGGCAGGCUACCGCGCCGCGCAAAGGAGAGCAGCCGUCGAUGCCACCGCCGGACCUCUUCAGCGAGUUGAACCUGACGGAGAUCCAGAAGCUCAAGCAGCAGCUCGUGCAGGUGGAGCGGGAGAAGUCGACUCUGUCCACCAGCCUGCAGGAGUGUGAGGCCCAGCUGCAGCACACGCAGACGGCCCUGUUCGAGCAGCACACCCGGGCACGCCGCCUCCGUGAGCGCCUGGGCUCCAUCCGUCGACGCCAGCGCAGCACCGGCGACAAGAAGGCCCUGGAGGACGAGGAAGAGGAGGAGGACGAGGAGAAGGACCUGCUGUCGUACGCCGAGGGCCCCAGCGUGGAGGUGAUGCGCUGCAAGUACAAGGUGGCGGUGACAGAGGUGGUGGGCCUGAAGGCCGAGCUAAAGGAGCUGAAGGAGCGCUACAACCAGCGGGUGGAGGGCGAGGCAGAGGUACGCGGCCAGGGUCAGAUGCAGCAGCAGGCCCUGGAGGGGCAGGUGGCCCGGCUGGAGCGCAGCUGCCGCGAGGGCCGCGAGAAGGUCGCCGCCCUGGAGGCCGAGGCGAGAGCAGCGGCCGGCGCGGCCAGCGACAGCCAGGCGCUGCUGAACAGCGCGCAGGACGAGCUGGUGACCUUCAGCGAGGAGCUGGCGCAGCUCUACCACCACGUCUGCCUGUGCAACAACGAGACGCCCAACCGCGUCAUGCUGGACUACUACCGGCAGAGCCGCUCGCCGUUGCGCGGCGGGGGGGUGCUCAAGGUGCCGCAGGGCCAGGAGGAGCACCGCGCGCUGCUGACCCCGCGCCUGGCCCGCCGCCUGGCCGCCAUCAACGCCGCCACCAACGCCUCCAACUCCUCCAGCGAGUCGCGCAGCCCCUCGGACUCGCCCUCCAAAGACCCGCCGGCUGCCAGCAAAGCCGCGGGCGAGCGCAGCCCGGCGCGCACCACCCCCAGUGCCUCUUCCUCUUCCUCUUCCUCCUCGCCCGCUCCCGACACGCCCGGCGGUGGCGCCAGCAGCGGACCGGACCCGCGUCGGGAGCCCACCAACAUCUGCCACCUGAACGCCAUCAUCCGCGACCAGAUCAAGCACCUGCAGAGGGCCGUGGACCGCUCGCUGCAGCUGUCGUGCCAGAGGGCUGCCGCACGUGAGCUGGCCCCGCUGCUGGACAAGGACAAGGAGGCCUGCAUGGAGGAGCUCCUCAAGCUCAAGUCCCUGCUGAGCACCAAGCGGGAGCAGAUUGCUACGCUGCGGCUGGUCCUCAAGGCCAACAAGCAAACUGCAGAGGUGGCUCUGGCCAACCUGAAGAGCAAGUACGAGAAUGAGAAAACCAUGGUGACGGAGACCAUGAUGAAGCUGAGGAACGAGCUCAAGGCUCUGAAAGAGGACGCCGCCACCUUCUCCUCCCUCAGGGCCAUGUUUGCCACCAGGUGUGACGAGUACGUGACCCAGCUGGACGAGAUGCAGCGUCAGCUGGCGGCGGCCGAGGACGAGAAGAAGACGCUCAACUCGCUGCUGCGCAUGGCCAUCCAGCAGAAGCUGGCGCUCACUCAGCGCCUGGAGGACCUGGAGUUUGACCACGAGCAGUCGCACCGCACGCGCUCGUCCAAGGCCUCGCGUCUCCGGAGCUCCGCGCCCAAAGUAAGUGGACUGAGCUUGGCCGGCCUGGCUGGCUCACCCCCCGGCUCCCCGGCCAUGUCUUUGGCGGCUGCGGCCUUAGCCGCGGGUCUCCCAUCCCCCACCACUGUCUUCGCCGCAUCCUUCGGCAGAGCCCCCCUGCCCCCCUCGCUCUCGUCGUCCGCCCCCUCGGCGCCGAGUAGCCCCCCCUCCCUGGAGGCGCCGGCCUCCCCGGCCUCUACGGCCUCCACGUGGACGCCGCCGGCCACGCCGCUGCGGCUCAGCCACUCGCAGUGGUCCAUGGGCGUGCGGACGUACGUGGUGGAGCCCCGCUCGCUCGGCACCCAGUACCCCCACCUGAGCCGGGCGUCCGCCCUCACCCGCCGCUACAACGCGCCCGAGUCGCACGCGGCCUCCUCCGCACCGCACCACAGCCCGGGCUCGCUGCCCUCCUCCCCCUAUCGCUCGCCCGCGCUGGACACCCAGCGCCUGUCAUGGAGCUCCCUGCGCACGCGUCCCCACCUCCACCCCCUCAUUAGCCUCUCCCGCUCCUCCGUCUCCUCUGCCACACGCUACACCCCCUCCAGCAGCUACAGCCAGCUCUACUCCCGAAACUACACCUCCAAUCACCACCGCUACUAAGACUGAGGCCAGGUUGACAUAGAGAGGAGGACUGACUGGUUUCCUGUUGUGUGCUGUUUGUUUUGCGUGUGACAAGCCUCUUUGCUUUUCUGAAUGUAAUAGUGACUUUUUCUAUUUCAUUGUUUUGUUGCUCAGGGAUUUUUGUAUUCGUAAGGCGCACUGGUGGCCCUGCCUUCCCCCACAGACUGUUGAUCGGUCUUCUUGAGGACACUGUGUAUUGCUGCUGAUUCCUCUCUGUGUGUCCCACUCUCCCUAUCCUACUUGAAAACGAUGAACAUUCUGAGAAUGUGGACUUUACAAUGCAAGCCUCCACUGACAGAGAAAGCAGAGAACAUUCAGCACGGACACUGGCCAGGCGGCUGAGGCUAUGACUAUGCUUAUGACUUUACAUAACGGUGAACCGUACUAACACCCCUAUAAAAGUGUUCACGUCUUAGUUCAGUGUCAUACUACUACACACCAAUACUGUAUAUGCACUGAGGGAUCCAGCACUGUGCUCUCUGACCCAUCCUAUCCUAUCUAGUUACCUUUUCUACUGAUGAGGUUUUAUAACAAGAGUGGUUCACACUGAAAUCCGUUUGAACUUACUAGGAUCGUUUUCAGUCUGAAAUUCAGGAGAAUAUGCUGGAGACAUCAUCUGAUUUUUUUAAAUAUUACACCCUUAACACCUUACAACCGUUCAAUGCUAAUCUUUGCAGUGUAACUUUGAGAUGCUCAUUCUGGUUUGUCAUUUGAUUAUUUAAUUUUCAGUGGAAUUUCCCCGGCUAGCACAUCCCAUAAGGAAAAUAGAUUUCAGUCAUUGAUUCAGAGGGACUAUAGUAUACUAGCAUGUUACAUAGUAUACUACAGUUCCCAGAUUCAUUCAAGACAGUGAUGUAGGCCAAUUAAAAGUGAUCGUCCAAGAUAUGGAUUUAUAGAGUGCUGAUUGGUGGAUCUCCACAUUAUCAGUUGUAGCUUACUCUUAGUGUGGACAGCAGAUCGUCCCUCUGUUGGCCAGUCCCUCGGCUGGUUCUGCUGUGCUAAGAAGGGGCAGUAGUUUUUGAUUGAAUGUAACUUUGUGAUGGAACUCUUCAGCGACAUCCCACACCACAACUCAGGGAAUCUCACACAUGUUUGAAAGGUGUGUGUUAGGAAUGAUGCAGUAGUGCAGACUAGCAAUGUACAGUCAGUCAGGCUGACACCACAGGAAGGGUUAUAUGCAGUAAAGACCAGUGAGGGUCACUAGCACACAUAGAAUGUGUCUGACACAUAUUGUUUACGUUGAUUUUCAGUGAGGAAUUAGCCGUCGGUUUAGGGUUGUUUGGUGUUAACAUUCAGAACUUUGCUUUCAUACACGUUUUUUUGUUGGCUGGAGCAUACCCUCUCGAGUGGACAGCCAAGUGAUAUCUUGCCAGACAGGACAAAUUGCUGUCAAGGGCACUCUUUAUAUGUAGGGGCAGAUUUGUACGACAAAAUAGUUGGGUAGAGUCCCGUUGACCGUCCAUGGUUUUAAUUGUCCCGUUUUUUUGAAUACCAGUAUUUUUGUUGCAUUGCAAAAAACCUAUUUGGAUGAGUACAUAGUAAAUAUGUCUGUGCCGAUCACUUGGAAUUGUAUUCCAUAUAGCAACUACAGUGUAGCAUACUGCAAUGUACACACUGUUACAGCCAACUCUUAAUAAUGCCAACAUAUGCCUGAGCACUGUUGUACUCUCACUUAGAACUGCUGUGCAUUUUACAUGACAAUGUUUUGAAGUCGGUCCAAACUGACGUGGAGCCACUGAGCAUUUGACAGUCAAUUCCCUCAUGGGCCCCUUCAUUCUUCCAUUUAAGACAUUCAAGGCUGCUACACACCUCUCAACGCUAUUGUCAGACCAAUGGCACUGGGUGAUGGUUUAACAAUAACAGAACCAAGACUUCUCACAUGCUGUUGCUCAAACCUUGCCAAAGUCACCAACUCUGGCCCUUACACAAGCCUUAGUACAUGCAGUACCAUUGCAGUACAACACUUGGCCUUACUGAAAUCACUGGCCUUAGAGAAUGUGUAUUCAGCUAUGUUAAUGCACAUCACACUGUUCACCUUUUUUUUACUCCAACAAACGCAACACUGGCCUUAGCAUGUUCACUACAUAUUUUUAGACAGACCCCCCCCCAUAUAACCAGUAUUUUUCCACUGACCUGAUGGAAGAAAUUCUAAGUGAUUCCUUUUUAAAAAAAAUGCAGUAUUAAUGUACCUGAGGGAGUUGAAAGCCUGCAGUUUUUACAAACGUAGGCAGCCUUGCAAUCAGCCCGUAUGUUUGGUGGUGGUUGGAGUAUGGCUUGUUUGUGGUCCACUACGAUAGGUUGGGCUCAAGAUUGGGUGGAGCUUGUAAUCUGGACAGGAAGUGUUCUAGACGGAAACCAGUGAAACCUCCUCUCUGUCAACCCUUUCUCCGUAAGGCCUCUUCCUCAUACACAAACACACACACACAUACAGACACUCACAUACACUGUCUCAGACACACACAUUUACAGUAUACACACACACAUCCACACACACACACACACACACACACACACACACACAGCAAACCGUCACCCAGUGUUCCCCUACUCAGACCCCUAAACCGCAGCUCAUCUCCAUCUGAUCCCAAUUCAUGACGUGCCAUAGCAUCUCAAACCUGUCAAAUGCUCUCAGGGUCCCUGUGGGUUAUAAAAUGUGUCAGCUCUAUUCAAUGAGCCGAACUUUCAUCUUUUAUUUCUUGAUUUCUCAUGCUGGGUUGAAAUGAAAAAGCAUUUACUCUGUUUCAGUCUGACCAUCGAACAGGGUGUAUGUUUGAAUGUGCUGUUUUUUAUAUCUAUAAAUUAUACAUCAGACCACUUUUUGUGCUAAUGUCUCACAGUCAUCUUGGACAGACUGUUAUUUCCCUCUAUUCACUGAAUGUGUCAGCCUGUUAAACCAUACGCAUAUGCAUGUAUAUAGGGUACAAAAAAGAUAUAACUCAAUUGUGCAUAGUGUUGUGUUAAUCCACGUAUAUUCUGUAAAUACCUGGUAAAAACAGAA